CUGACAGUGCACCAUGCGUUUGUCAGCAGUCUCAUUACCAGCAUUCAAUUUGAUCGACUUGGCCGUUGUGGAAUUGAUCUCAAACCUGUUCUGUCCAUGCUCAUGCGAGCUAGGGUAGAGCUGCCCUGUUCAUUCAAGGUGAGGCUACAUGAUGCUAUAAGCGUCAAUACACCAGUUAGUCGGGACGAUGGACAAAAUUGCGCCUCCUCGGAUAACAGAUUCCAAGAGCCUGGAAUACGAGUAUGCUGUCGUCAGCGGGAUAGCGCUCGUACGAGCCAUGUUGGGGAUUGCAGGAGCAUUCCUGAGGUCGGUACAUGGUUUUCGCUUGAGCGAUGGUCUUCCAAGGAUUGCUCAAACCUUGGUCUACGGAGGAUACAACGUGUCGGCAAACGUCUGGCGACUGGUCCGUGCUGUCCUCACGACGCUUCGAAUUUCCGUGUUGCCAGACCGAUCGCACAGUCGCAUCAUUGCUAUCGAGAAAGCGAAGCACCGAAAAGUUCGAACGUUGUCGAAAUAUCUCUGAAGAGCGCUUGCAGGGAAGGGGAGAGAUGUCACGUUGCCGUCAUACGCUAAGAUGAUCAGGACAGAAUGCGAGGUGGAAGCCGGCACAGAAUCUGAGACUAGGAGAUAGCAUGACCGGGGCCGUGUGAGAAAGGCUGGUUCUGUCAAAUCACAUAGUGCUUUUGCAUCUCGUUUUAUCAUCGGGAUCGGCGCAGCCACACGUCUUCCGCCACAAUGUAUCGGACCGAGAGAAGAGAACUACGACC